AGGACGCCCGCAGUAAUACAGCUUUACUUAUGUAAGUACCGACGCUAUAGCAUUAACAUAGGCGCCCAUAGCACCGCUGUCAGCGCUUCAGCGCUUCAGCAGCGACAUAGCGGAAACCGUCAUCUGGUGCAACUACUUAUGUCUAGCCACUCACAAACAUCUACUUCACCUCGUCCAGGCGACGACCCGCGGGACACAUCUGCUGAGGUCGCCCUGACGUUCCCGGAGUCGUGGCAGACAGAUUCUGUUGAUGGAUUCAGUGCUACAACGUUGUUCACGACUGGUCUAAUUAUGGUCACUCGUAACCGGUACCUAGCAUGGCCCGCUCUGGUGGUAUCCUUCAACAGCAUGAUCAAUCAGCACCCGCUGCGCACCAAGGACGGUGGCACAAGCCCAAUCACUUCUGUGCUUGUUGCUGUCUCUGCGUUGAUCACGGCUUACCUUCCCCUCGUCACUCUUGGUCCUCAGAGGGUGACGGGUCAAGUGCCCCUGCCUGUCCAGACACCAUGAACCAUGUAUACCUGUGUAUGUACUCUUUGUUCGUUUUAGGACAGGUUUUUCAAUGCGCGCGAUGCUACGCAAUCGCCAUGCAACGCACUUGGUGCGGCACUCGAGGUGUGAAAU